CAAAAGAACAGGUGCUCAUUCAGCCACAGUGGACUGAAAGGGUAACAAGUUAGGCUACUACUGUCAGUCAGUAAAGUUCGCAAGAGAUUUUAUAUUGUUAAGCUAACAUGGACUGGAAGUUGAAUAGAUAUUCGCGUUUUAAAGUGAAAACCGAGGACACGGUGCUUUGGGAGAACAUCACGAGGAGGCUGCUGGUGGAUUUCAGGACGAAGAGGAGACAUUGCUCCGUUCCUACAUCACAAAAGACAAGCACCGAGGCGCCUCAUCUCUCAUCAUCGUACAAGCGCUUCAAGAGUCGGAUGGUGACCAGGCGGCUGAGCGCAGAGCAGCCUUUAGCCAGUAGCCCUAUGGUCGCCAGGGGGCGCCAUUCCCCCUGCCGAGAGGUCGACACGGUCUGUCAGAGACUGUCUCUGGAUUCACCGUCAGGGGGCGCAGCGAGAACAAAACUGACACAAGAGCAGAGCACAGAGACAAGCCUUCAAGACACGGUGACGGAGGCUGUAGUGUCAGACCGAUCUCAGCAUGUCGUCAGACCUGUCACCGCAUCGACCACUUACAGGAGGAAUGUGCCUAAACAGGAUUGGGUGUGGUCUGCUUCUGGAGAACAGGACAGAUGCUCAGAGAAGCCGUUCUCUGUCAUGUAUCUGGCUCCCUCUACUCCAGACCAGUCUAAACCACAGCUGACUCUGGCACUGCCCUCUCUGCAGGAUGACUACUACAGCCACCCGUUGGACUGGAGUAACAGUGGAAUCGUGGCCAUGGCUCUGGGGUGUGACGUGUUCCUGUGGAAGGCAGACACACCCACUCUGCAGGGCUGCAUCCAUCCCAGAGCAGCACCUUCUCUCCCACUGAGCCUGUCUCACUCGGUCUCUUCUGUGUCCUGGAGCAGAGAUGGAUGUAUACUGGGCAUCGGGACCAAGGAGGGCGACGUGCAGCUGUGGGAUGUGGAGAAGAGGACCAGACUGAGAAUUAUAACGUCACACCUCUCUGGAGUGGGGGCGCUUAGCUGGAACCAACACGUACUCAGCAGCGGUUCUGUUCUCGGGCUAAUCCAUCACCAUGACUACCGACUUGACACCCCGACAGUGGGUGUGUUCCAACAACAAGGGGCCGUGUGCGGGCUGGAGUGGGCGCCGCAAGGAGAUUGGCUGGCCAGUGGCUCAAUAGACGGCCUCCUCAACAUCUGGACCAAUGACCUGGGGUCUAAGACGAAGACACACCCACCUGCUAGGACAAUGACACAACCCAGUGCGGUCAAGGCUAUGGCAUGGUGUCCUUGGCAGAAGGAGCUGAUCGCCACGGGUGGGGGGCAGAGCGACGGUGUUCUGAGGAUCUGGAAUAACGAAUCAGGUACCUGCGUUGACUCCGCCCAGACCAACUCACAGGUGUGUUCUGUGGUCUGGUCAGAGGAGAGGAAGGCCCUGUUCACUGGCCAUGGUCUUCCUCAUCACCACAUAACCUGCUGGAGCCCCUCCCCAUCACUGCAAGAGACCUACCAGCUACAUGGUCACAUGGGUCGUGUUUUGCACCUGGCCCUCAGUCCCAAUGGAAACAAGCUCCUCUCAGCUGGAGCAGACUGUCUGGGCCAUGUCUGGAACACCUAGAACACCUAAAACACCUAGGACACCUAAAACACCUAGGACACCUAAAAACACCUAGGACACCUAAAACACCUAGGACAUCUAAAACACCUAGGACACCUAAAACACCUAGGACACCUAACACACCUAGGACACCUAAAACACCUAGGACACCUAAAACACCUAGGACACCUAAAACACCUAGGACAUCUAACACACCUAGGACACCUAAAACACCUAGGACACCUAAAAACACCUAGGACACCUAAAACACCUAGGACACCUAAAACACCUAGGACACCUAAAACACCUAGGACACCUAAAGCACCUAGGACACCUAAAACACCUAGGACACCUAGGACACCUAAAACACCUAGGACACCUAACACACCUAGGACACCUAAAACACCUAGGACACCUAAAGCACCUAGGACACCUAAAACACCUAGGACACCUAAAAACACCUAGGACACCUAAAACACCUAGGACACCUAGGACACCUAAAACACCUAGGACACCUAAAAACACCUAGGACACCUAAAACACCUAGGACACCUAGGACAUCUAGGACACCUAGAAGUAAGCUCCUUUGCCUUCCUCUCAGCUGGGGCAGACUCUCUGAGCCAUGUCUGAAACUCCUAGAAUCAACACAGACAUGCAGACGCACGCACACACACACACACACACGCACGCACGCACGCACGCACGCACGCACGCACGCACACACACACACACACACACACACACACACACACACACACACACACACACACACACACACACACACACACACACACAUUCAACAAGGUGUGUAUGGGCUGUUCUCAUGAGAAAUGAUGCAGGUGCUUGAGUUUUGACUUUCAACACAACAAAUCCUCUCUGAGCCAGAUGAAAUGGCAACUGAGCUUUUCUGAGAGAUGUAUGUGAAUCAAAUAAAAUGUAAUUGUAUUGGUCACAUACACGUGUUUAGCAGGUGUUAUUGCGUGUGUAGCGAAAUGCUUGUAUAGUGAGACCUGGUCACGACUGGUUCUAGCUGAACUUUCCCAGUUAUUUGUCUAAAUGCAUCGUUCAGUUGUAUGAUCAGUCAAAUGAUUGGAUAUGUUUGUGAUAGCAUGUUCAUUUGAUGCUUUGUGGUGUAUUUUUUCAUAAAUAAAAAAUAACUGUAUAAAUAUGUUUCUUUGAUGAAACAAGAGUAAGCAUUUUAGGGCUUUGAUCCAAUUAAAGCAUACAAUAGACCUGU